GCUGGCCAAAACCUUUGAUAUCUCCGCGGCGGGGUCGCUCUCCUCUCCCUUGCCUUUCCCCGAAAUUGCGUGGUGGAGGCCUCGCAUCGCUCCCCACCCGUCGUCACCCGUGCCGUAGCCUCACGGGACUCUUCUCCCUUUAAAUCCCCAUCCCCUCCCGUCUCCUCCACCACUCAUCCAAUCCUCCCUGCCAAGCGAGCCCCAGAAAGUUUCCGAUCGAAUCGAAGCCAAGGCUUUCUCGUCCUCCGAGAUGCAGAUCUUUGUGAAGACCCUCACCGGCAAGACCAUCACCCUUGAGGUCGAGUCCUCUGACACGAUCGACAACGUCAAGGCGAAGAUCCAGGACAAGGAGGGCAUCCCUCCGGACCAGCAGCGCCUCAUCUUUGCUGGCAAGCAGCUUGAGGACGGUCGCACCCUCGCUGACUACAACAUCCAGAAGGAGUCCACCCUCCACCUGGUGCUNCGCCUCAGGGGUGGUAUGCAGAUCUUCGUGAAGACCCUCACCGGCAAGACCAUCACGCUUGAGGUCGAGUCAUCGGACACCAUCGACAAUGUGAAGGCGAAGAUCCAGGACAAGGAGGGCAUCCCACCGGACCAGCAGCGUCUGAUCUUUGCUGGUAAGCAGCUCGAGGAUGGCCGCACUCUGGCGGACUACAACAUCCAGAAGGAGUCCACCCUUCACUUGGUGCUCCGCCUCCGUGGUGGCCAGUAAGUGCCUGGCCAUGGAGCUGCUUAUGUCUCUGGGCUCACAAGUCAGUUGUCUUUCUGUGUCCUUCGAUGGGAUUGUCAGCGUGUCCUCGUCUGGUCUGUUCUUUGUUGCUACCGUGCUGUGGUCUAGCGUUAUGUCUGGUUGUGUCUGAACUUGCUGCUGUUGUGCAGCAGAUUUGGAUGAACUUGAAAGAAUAAGUGAGCCCUGAACUUGUGCC